UUAUACUAUUCUACGUUACUCGUAGUCUCUGGAUCUUAUAAUUGUAUGUGCCGCCGGUUUGAAGAGUCAAAACAAACCUGUGUGAUUACGUACGACAGUGAUUACGUUUGGCAGAAAAGCUACUAAAUAGCAACGAUAUGAGUCGAAGGAAAAGAGCGAAGGUGGAGUACAGAGAAAUGGAAGAGAAGUAUAACCAAAUGGAAGAUGAAAAUGCUUCAGAUACAUCGGAAAAAUCUAAACCUGGUCUUGUUACUCCAGAAAAAAAAGCUGUGCCUGAAGUAAAAAAAGAUACUGAUACAAGUAUAUCACAAUCUGUAUCUACCUCUUCUGCUCCAAAAAUUGAAGUAAAAGAUGAAGAUGAUCAAGAUAGCGAUCAUGAAGAUCCUCAUGUAAAGGAAUUACUUAAUGGUUUGGAGGGGGCAGCAUUUCAAAGUCGUCUUCCGUUUGAUAAACUAACUUCCACAGAAGCUGCUUGUUUCCCAGAUGUUUCUGGUGGACCACCGCAGACCCAAAAAGUUUUCCUUCACAUUAGAAAUAGACUCUUGCAACUAUGGCUUGAGAAUCCAAAGCAACAAUUGAUAGUUGAAAAUGCUCUGCCAGCGAUAGAACCACCUUAUAAUAGCGACACUGUAUUGGCGCGUCGAAUUCACGCAUUUUUAGAAAGACAUGGUUUUAUUAACUUUGGAGUAUUUAAACGGCUUAAGCCAUUACCUACGAAGAAAUUAGGUAAAGUAAUCGUAAUUGGAGCAGGUAUUGCUGGUUUAGCUGCUGCUCAACAAAUGCAACAAUUUGGCUUAGAAGUAAUUGUACUCGAAGCACGGGAUCGUGUUGGUGGUCGAAUUGCAACAUUUCGUAAAUCUUCAUACAUCGCCGAUCUCGGUGCUAUGGUAGUUACAGGGCUAGGUGGAAAUCCAGUGACAACACUUAGUAAACAAAUCAAUAUGGAACUUCACAAAAUACGACAAAAGUGUCCUUUGUACGAAAGCGAUGGUCAAACGGUUCCGAAAGAUAAAGACGAAAUGGUAGAGAGAGAGUUUAACCGGUUACUGGAAGCUACGUCGUAUCUUUCACACCAAUUAGAUUUUAAUUACGUGGGUAGUGCUGGAUCAGGGCAAAGUGGUAAUACACGACCGGUUUCCUUGGGUCAGGCAUUGGAGUGGGUGAUACGUCUGCAAGAGCAAGGUGUCAAACAGCGUCAAGUUGCUCAUUUGCGUUCUGUAUUGUCGCUUCAAGGUCGACUUAUCACCAAUCAACAUAGGAUGAUAGCGAUCAUGGAUCGUUUGGUCGAAUUGAAUAAACAGUAUAAAGAAAUGACUGAGAGUAAAUUACAAACACGUGAUAUAACACAAGAAUUUGUAUUACGUUCUAAAUUGCGUGAUCUUCAUAACGCAUGCAAGGAGUGGGAUCAACUUUCUGAACAACAGAAAGAAAUCGAAGCGAAGUUACAAGAAUUAGAAGCCUCUCCCCCUAGUGACGUAUACCUUUCUUCGAAGGACCGUCAGAUAUUGGAUUGGCACUUUGCGAAUUUAGAGUUCGCCAACGCAACGUCGCUAUCGAAUCUGAGCCUGAAACACUGGGACCAAGACGACGACUUCGAAUUCACCGGCAGUCAUCUAACAGUUCGCAAUGGCUACUCGUGCGUACCUGUUGCACUGUCGGAGGGCCUGGACAUCCGGUUGAAUACAGCGUCCAGGGCGGUCCGAUACGGAGUGAACGGGGUGGAGGUAUGGGCCGCACCCUCUCGUAGCCCUCACACAAAUCACACGGUGUACAAGGCGGACGCGGUGCUAGUCACGCUGCCUCUUGGUGUUCUGAAGGCUUCCGCCCCGCCGUCCGCGGUCGCCUUCAACCCGCCGCUUCCGGACUGGAAGUCCCAGGCUAUUCAGAGGCUCGGCUUCGGCAAUUUAAAUAAGGUGGUGCUGUGCUUCGAACGGAUCUUCUGGGACCCGACCGCCAAUUUAUUUGGCCACGUGGGCAGCACGACCGCGUCACGUGGUGAGCUCUUCCUCUUCUGGAACCUUUACAAAGCACCGGUAUUGUUGGCUUUGGUCGCUGGCGAGGCUGCCUGCGUGAUGGAGAACGUCAGCGAUGACGUUAUCGUUGGCCGCUGCAUCGCUGUCUUGAAGGGUAUUUUUGGAAACCAGGUGGUUCCACAGCCUCGUGAAAGCGUGGUGACGAGAUGGCGGGCAGACCCGUGGGCGAGAGGUUCGUACAGCUUCGUCGCGGUCGGCAGUUCCGGCAGCGAUUAUGAUCUUCUGGCAGCGCCCGUCGCACCCCCUGCCACCCCUGGUGCCCCACCACCGCAACCAAGGGUCUUUUUCGCAGGCGAGCACACCAUACGAAAUUACCCGGCGACCGUACACGGUGCUUUUUUGAGCGGACUUCGCGAAGGUGGAAGGAUCGCGGACCAACUCUGCGGAAGUCCGUACGCGCCACCGACGAUGCCCCCUUCCGGUCCAGCGCCAACGGUCAUACCAUCCGCGACCACCGGUUCCAGCUCUACGCCUUAGCGUUCUACCACAGAAACCGCGAUCUUCGAUCGUUAACAAGCGUUAUUAUUACAAUUACUACGAUAUUCAUUAUCAAAUCUAUCAUCGUUUUCACUUAGGCGACGGAAGAAAGUACGGAACGGUAGCUGGAAUCUUUUCCUUUUGAGAAGAUAAUCGUUUUUAUUUAUUCCAGAGAUCGUUCUUUAGGUCGUAUUGAGACGUCAGAUGUCGUUUAUCGUGUUUCGAUUGUAAUCGUCGAGAUUUAAUUUAACCGCUAACACGUAUACGAUGAGUCAAUAUUGCAAUUAGUUAGGGAAAUUUGAUCGCCGGUGACCAUGCCAUAACGCUCGUUCAACGAUCGUCAUUCGAUUGUCCUGCUACGAUCCUCGAUGGACUUAGUAGGGUUGAUAAUUGGUUCCUACCUUACGUAGGAAUAGGGAUAUAACAACCGAGAUAUAAUCGAGAAUCGUGGUAAGAUUAGGUGUCCAUUAACGUGCCCGACGGGAAUCCCAAUUUUCGUCGAUUCAUCCGCCAUUCCCUCGAUGCAAUCGUGCAAUUAUUUAUUUUUUAGAUCACGACGAAGAAAAAUUAUGAAUAAAAAUCGAGAAUUUGGGGGAUGAUCGAUCGAGACUUGAGGAUUGUUUCCAUAAAUAGGCACAUAGGUUGACACGCUGCUACGAUCCUCGACGUAAUUGAUCCAAUUUUUUUCUUUUUCUUUUUUUAAGUCUGUUUAUAUUUAUUUCAGAGAAUCGUUGGCAUCGGUCAAACGAGAGGAUCGUAGCGAUCUUAGAUAUACGUCGGUUCAUGAUAAGAGAGAAUCGUGCCUUUGCUACUACGUUCCAUCACGAUCAUAUACACGUUAGGCUGUACUAUAUCUAUAGGAAUCGUUUCAUUGUACGUUCAGCAUGCUCUGUCUUGUAACAGUUAUAUUCCGUUCUUUUUUACCCGCUUCGUCGUGCUUUGAAUCGCUGCAUGCUUUUAACCGAUUCUUCCCUUUUCCCUGUGUAUCAUGCUUCCUCGAGACUUCUCGAUUUUAACCACCUUCCACCAUUUUUGGCCUUUAUUAUUAGUUAUAGUUUAUUUUCCAUUAUAAUCUAGAACGCGCAUUUUUGUAAAAAAAAAAAAAAAGAAAAGCGUUAAAUGUUCGAUGGAGAUUUGGAUGAUCGCCCGUUGUCAGUAGACAAUUUCUUAUAGUGAUAAGAAACCCAACUCUAUAA